AUGGUACCGGCUCGGCCCAGCCGGGUGGUCACUAUGGUAACUGGAGGUGGGUCAAGGCUGUGGGCGCAUGCGCGCGGUGCCGUUGAGUUGCGCGGCGCGCCCGCGGGCCCCUCAGCUAUCUUCGACAUGGCGCUGAGACGGCGACGAGGCGUCCGGGUCUGCGCCCGGCUGCCCGACUUCUUCCUGCUGCUGCUUUUCAGGGGUUGCUUGAUAGGGGCUGUGAACCUCAAGUCCAGCAACCGAAACCCAGUGGUACAUGAAUUUGAAAAUGUGGAACUUUCUUGUAUCAUUACGGACUCACAGACAAAUGACCCUAGAAUUGAAUGGAAGAAAAUCCAAGAUGACCAAACCACCUAUGUGUUUUUUGACAACAAGAUUCAAGGGGACUUGGCUGGUCGUGCAGAAAUAUUGGGGAAAACUUCCCUGAAGAUCUGGAAUGUGACACGGACAGACUCAGCACUUUAUCGCUGUGAGGUGGUUGCUCGAAAUGACCGCAAAGAAAUUGAUGAGAUUACCAUUGAGUUAAUUGUGCAAGUGAAGCCAGUAACCCCUGUGUGCAGAGUCCCCAGGGCUGUGCCUGUAGGCAAGAUGGCCACACUGCAGUGCCAAGAGGGCGAAGGCCAUCCCCGGCCAUACUACAGCUGGUAUCGCAAUGAUGUACCGCUGCCCACAGACUCCAGAGCCAAUCCCAGAUUUCGGAAUUCCUCCUUUAUCUUGAACCCUGAGACAGGCACUCUGGUUUUUAGUGCUGUUCACAAGGAGGACUCUGGGCAAUACUACUGCAUUGCUUCCAAUGAGGCAGGCUCAGCCAGGUGUGAUGAGCAGGAGAUGGAAGUCUAUGACCUGAACAUCGCUGGAAUUAUUGGAGGAGUUCUGGUUGUCCUAUUGGUUCUGGCUCUGAUAACGUUAGGCAUCUGUUGUGCGUACAGACGUGGCUAUUUCAUCAACAAUAAACAGGACGAAGAAAGUUACAAGAGCCCAGGGAAGCUGGAUGGAGUUAACUACAUCAGGACAGAUGAGGAGGGUGACUUCAGACACAAGUCGUCAUUUGUGAUCUGAGAUCAGGCGAUGUGACAGAGCACAUGCAAAUACCUCUACCCCUGAAGGCAGCCGUGAGCCACGUGCACUCGGACAGAGCUAGACACUCAUGCAGAAGCUUUUUAUUUGGCCAAAGUUGACUGCUACUUCUUAACUCUUUAACAAGCCUCACGGAAAAAGAAUCUUCCUCAAAAUGGGCACAGUAACCACCAGGACAGGACACAGAUGGACAUCACUAUUGAGCUCCCAGUAUGUUGCCAGCCCCGUUUUCACAAGGGUGUUAACUAGGAUUACCGACAUCAGCUUUCCUUGGCUGAUGAACACCCACUUGCUGUUCAUGUUCAGCACUGGCCGAGGGAGCAGACAAGGUGGCUGAGCAGUGUUGGCAGCAACAUUGAGCACCACAGGAAGCCCAGGGCCUUGACUUCCCGCUCUGCCUGGGAAAGGAUGUGCAUGCAGUGCUCACUCUGUGAGCCCUGACCCUACUGUGCUGUCUUUCCUUAAGGCCUUGGCGGUCAGAGUUCUGUCUUGAAAAAUCUUUUGGGAUCGGCAUUUUCAAAAAAAACAUUAUCAGGAAGAUAAAUUGCUUUCUGGAUGAGAGCUCUGCUUACCCCAAGGAAACCUGCUUGUCCAGAGCAUCAGGAUUUAAGAAAACCUUGUCUUAGGCCAAGUCUGAAAUGGUACUGAAGUAUGCUUUUCUAUGGGUCUUGCUUAUUUUAUAAAACUUUACAUUCUAAAUUUUUGCUAAAGAUGUAUUUUGAUUAAAAAGAAAAUUUCUAUUUAAACUGUAAAUAUAUUGUCAUACAGUGUUGCAAAAGCUAUUUUUUUUAAGAGUUCAACUUACUAUGUUAAAUUGGAAAAUACCAAUAAUUAAGUUUUAUAACCAAGGAAUUCUCCUCUCAGAGGUUUACUAGUACAUUCCUUUGUCCAUUAAAGUUUAAACAUUUUCAUGAGAAAAUUUAUGCUGUCUGUAUAGCAGACCACUGUUGCUUAAAAAGCCUUUAAAAAAUUCCAGUCUAGCAAUGUUGGUAUCUGCAUCUCUCCAAAAGAAACCCUGGGACCCUCAGGUUGGCUUUGAACAGCCUCUUCCGGAGAUCAGUAAAACUGCCUAUACCCAAAGACUGCCAGAGGCCUUAGACAUGUGUACAUGCCCACAUUGGUGGCUAGUCCACACCACCGUUCAAGUCAGUUUGGGCCACUAACUCAAAAGUGUCAGCCAGAAUGCCCUCCUCCACUUCGCAGUUGUGACCGUGCUUCUUCUCUCAACUAACUCUAGUAGUGUUGUCAGUGGGCUUAGCAGUGCUUGGAGGGUCUCAGGCGGUAUCCUCCAUGGGUUGCCCAGCCUGCAGCUUCCUGUGACACCCUCUUUUGGUUAUGGAUAGCUAUGAAUCAAAGCAGUUCACUGACAUUUGUUUUUUAGGUUCAUUUCCAUUAUUUGUUUAGUUAGAAAGACUGUAGGGCCAAGGCAAAUUUGAAAUAAAAGCUGUCAACUACAGUAAUAUUUUUCAAAGAAAACAAACCUCCUGGCCAUGUAGAAAGCACUCAACCCUAUGGGCUGUGUCUCCUCCUUAAUAAGCCAUUGGGGACAGGUGGUCCAGCCUUUUGAAGACUACCAGGAAGUGCACUCAGGCUAGAAAAGUAGAACGCCUGAACCAAAAGCAGUUUGCUAAUUUUGAUUCUAAAUCUUUUUAUCUACCUGAGACACUGCUCACUUUGUGGGGAACAUUAGAAACAUUAUUUAGAAGCCUUUGUUCUUCAAGAGCAGAUGUCUUCAGCCUCAAAACACACGCAAGAUGUGAAGUGGUUUGAAGCCAGAAGCUUCUGAAAGGAGGAGCACCCAAUUCCUUGUGCGCCCAGGGAUGGGUUCGUGUAGAAUGUAGUCAACCUGGUGAUUUAUCUUCCAGUGUCUUAAUUUUCUAUACUUCCACUGUUGUUUUUCAUUGAAUGCUUGAGACAUGUUGACUUUUAUGAGUUCUGUGAAAUGUUUAUGACGAGAUGCUGGCAGGAGCAGCAAUUCCGCUCCCCUGGUGCCUGUUUUCUCUUGACUGCUUAGUGAAGACCACCCCCUCAUUUGCCCUCUUGAGGCAGCCCCCCCAGCUGAUGGUUGGGGUUUGCUAGCCUCCCUUAUACCAGAAAGCCUUCAGCCACGGGCUGUGGGGCUGGGGCCUGAUGCAGUGUGUGAGCCUGGGAAGCAGUGACCGAAGCCACAGAGAAGGAGCACUCGUGUCUUUAGCUUGUGCCUCUUUAGGAAGAGGCCUGGGCAGGCUGCUCUUUUGGCCUGUGGUAUGGAUAUUGUAUAUAGUUGUUAUAGACUUGUACUAAUGCACCUGGUAUUUGUUAAAGCCUCAUUUAUAAAAAGCCUUUCA